AUGUCCUCCGAAACCUUUGUCAACUUCGUGAUGCUGCUCAUUCCCGCUGGCGCCGCUGGCGCCGCUGGUGCCGCUGCAUUAAGAUGGGUACUCCUCACUUUCGGCCCUGCAGCCAUGAUCAAAGCGGCCAAGGAAGCGGGCUCCUAUGUCGUUGUGACGGUGAUUGCGGGCCUACAGAAAAUCGCGCGUCCAGAGACCUUUCAUUAUGCCUGGGCCAUCGUUACCGAAGCCCUUGAGCAAAUCCAGAGCCUCAUCCAUACCAUCCGUUCGCUACCUUGGAACGACUAUGUCAGCAUGGCCAAGCACGGUCUGGCAUCACUGGGUCUUCUCUCAUCGAUCUUCAAGGAUAUCAUCAGCAAAGCGAUCAGCCCAGAAGCGGGCACAUGUGCUCAGCUACUCCUAUACGGUAUGCUAGCGAUGCUCGUCGGCAACGUCCUGUUCAUGUUCUAUCAAAAGGUCUGUUUCGCUUGGAAUAUCGUCUAUUUUAUUCUCUCUCGGAUUCUUCGUCUCCUCUGGGCCAUCAUCCUCGGUAUCCUUUGGCCCAUCAGCCCUUCGCUUAUGGCACUUUCGCAAAUACCUCUGCCAACUCUGAAGGAGUAG